GUCGCCGCUCGGCGCCAGUCGGGACGACUCGAGGGACUCGAGCGAGCGGGACAGCGUCCGCGGGGCCGAGCCGCUCUUUUUAAAAGUUUUUGCUUUUUUUUUGCAAAACAGAAAGACGGCGAAUCAGCCGAUCGAUAACGGGGCGUGUAAGAAACCGAAGGGGGAAAGUUGACGGUUGGCUGUAGAGGAGGCAGUUCCUUUUUUUUUCUUCUCUCGUUGAAGUUUACGGAGUUGCGUCAAGUCGGACGUUAAUGACGGGCGGCGUAAGAAGUUUGAUCGAACGGGCGCGCCUUCAGAAUAAAAGUGAUACGUUUGAAAAAAACAAAUGCUUCAUUUUUUUUCUUCUCUUAAUUCCUCCUAAAUAUGUGAUUUAUUUACUCGUCGGUUGCGAUGAUAAAACACUAUACCCUCUGAAUGAAACGUCUUGAUAUGAAACGUUAUGGGGAAGCGAUGGGACAGCUUCAUUUUCACGUUGUAUCGGGCGGCUAAAAAGCCGGAAGUCAGAUUCUCCUUUACGGCCUUUUUUGAAUAAAUCAACAUGGAAAAAAAAAUCUAAGCGGGCUUUCUGUUGCCCGAGAGAGCGAGAGAGAGAGUCCUUAAACUUUCUGUGAGAAAUGUGUUUACGACUUUGUGUUAUAGAGAGCAAUUAUUAAAUGACAAUAUACGUUGUCCUCUGCUCGGACACUUUCGGGGUUUUGUGCACAAUGAGGAGGACACUCCGCACUUGGACGUCUCUCUUCCAGUCGCAGAUAAUGUGCACGCCGUUGCGUUUUGAUAUGUGUGUUUGCAGCUAAUCUCCCUCAGACAGGGGCCCUGCAGGGGCCCUCACAACACAACAUAGAACGUGCACUGUGAUCUGCAGGAGAAUGUGACGUCACCCGGUCAGAGCUCCUCGGCCUCUGGUUCAAUGACAUCUUUUGUUCCUCUGGUUCAAACCAGCGUGUGAAGACGUUCUGGAGAAGGAAGCGGCAUCCAACCGGUCAGCGCGUGCGUCCAGGCGACUGGCGAUGGAAAGCUCGGCCCCGCCGCGCCCGGACGGCGGUCUGAACGGCUUGGCGACGGACGGAGAGGAGAACCGGAGCGAAGGCAGUCCUCAGGCGGCGGCGGAGUGCGACGGUCAGACCGUGCAGCUCCAAGGGGUCAUCCAGGCCCCCCAGACCUCCGUCAUCCAGUCGCCCCACCUGCAGACCGUCCAGAUCGGCACCGUGGCCGAGCUGGACGAGGACGAGUCGGUCACCGACAGCCAGAAGAGACGCGUCCUCCUCUCCAGGCGCCCGUCUUAUCGAAAAAUACUGAACGAGCUCUCAUCGGAUUCUCGGGCAGCUGCUAGAAUCGACGAAGAGAUGAGCGAGGAGGAGGAGGAUGAAGAGGAGGAGGAGGAAGAAGAGGAGGUGCCGGUCUCCAGUGCCGCCUCGGCAAGCGUGCCGACCUCCAUCUACCAGACCAGCUCGGGACAAUACAUCGCCAUCACUCACGGGGGAGCCGUGCAGCUGACGGGCCCGGGGAUGGAAGCCUUCCAGGGGGCCCAGACCAUGACGGUGGGCGGCUCUCACGCCCCCCAGCACGGAGCCACCAUCCUGCAGUGUGCAGCUCAGCCCGGAGACUCCCCGCAGCAGUUCUACAUCCAAGGGGGGCAGGUGCUGGUGCAAGCUGCCACAGGAGACAUACCCGCCUACCAGCUGCGUUCGCCCAACUCUGGCCUGGCUCACAGCAUCGUGAUGGCAGCGUCUCCAGGGACCAUGCAGAACCCCCCCCAGCACCACUCUGAAGACAUCACCCGCAAGAGGGAGGUCCGACUGAUGAAAAACAGGUAGGAGGCGGGGCCAGCUGAUGCUGAUGUGGGGGGGGGC